CACACAUCAUUACACAAUAAUCUUCACUCUAACCAACCAAUAACAAAAGCCAAAUAUAUAUAUAUUUUUUUUAAAAAAAAGACAAUGUAUCCCAAUACACUCUAUUUCUUCACUCUUUUUCUUCUCUUGCUUACUACUGGAACUGCUUUAGCAUAUCAUUCAGGACCAGGUGGCACUAACAGGAAAAUGUCUUCAGACCCAUCUGGGGGUGGCAACGGGAAUCCAACUGGGGCGACUGGUUCGGCUCAUGGUCCUAACUGGGACUACAGUUGGGGUUGGGGGUCCAGUCCCGGAGCUGGAUGGGGUUAUGGCUCUGGCUCUGGUAGGUCCCCAAACGGGUUCGGUAAAGGCUUUGGUUUUGGUUCUGGUUCUGGCUCUGGCUCUGGUUCUGGCUCCGGUUCUGGCUAUGGUUCGGGUGGGGCUCACGGUGGUGGAUCUGGCUAUGGUUCUGGAAAUUCAGGUGGUGGUAGUCCAGGUACUAUGAAUCAUUCGCCAGUAGGUUCCAGGGAUGGAAAUAACCAUGGUUGAUGUUCUAGAAUAUUAUAAAACUACUAUAUAUAUAAAAAAUAUAUAUAUAUAUAAGGGGUGUUGAUGUUUUAUUAGCUAUAUACAUACAUAAUCUACUUAAGCAUAAUUAGUAUGUUUAGUCCUGUUCUAUGUUAUAAAGUUUGUACUAUAUAUUCAGAUCGUAUUAGAAGAGCAAUUAGUAUACAAAUAAAAGUGUAACUGAACCAUAAAA